UUAUGUCAACUUAACUACUAUUAUACUGAGAUACUUAAAUUAAAUAUAAAUAGUAGUAAAAGUUCAGUUUUAGCUUAUGGUAUUGAUACUAAUGUAAAUGUUAAGUAUAACAAUAAUUUAAUCCCUCAAAAUAGCGAAAAAAAGUUUCUUGGUGUAAUUUUUGACACUAAAUUAAAGUUUACCAAACACAUUGACUAUAUUUGUAGUAGAGCUUUGAAAGGUAUCAAUAUUUUGCGGUCCUUAGCAGGAACUUUUUGGGGUUCUGAUCCAAAAAUUCUUUGUUUAUUAUAUAAAAGCUUAGUACGUAGUCAUUUUGAUUAUAGUUGUCUGGCAUAUAUGAAUAUUAGUCCUAUAUUAUUAAAAAAGCUUGAUGUUAUCCAAAAUAUUGCUCUUAGAAUUGUUACUGGUGCAAUGCGUACCACUCCUAUCAAUUCUAUGGAGGUUGAGUCAUGUGUAGAACCACUAUGUAUUCGGCGAGUAUUAAUUGCUGAAAAAUUUUGCCUGAAAGUUAUAACUUCUCAGAAUGAUGUUCUUCUUCCAAAACUUUCUUAUUCUAUAACUAUCACUAAUACACCAGAUUUGCCUUCAAGUAUAACAGCGACUAAUGUUCUCAAUAACCAGAUCCCUGAAUUAUUGGGAAUUAUGAGCUUUAUGACUGAUUUAUCUGAUAAUAUGUACAAAUCUGAACUAUGGCCUGUAUAUCUCUGUAAAUAUAAAGCUCUUAUGUGUAAAUUAAAUAUAGAUAUGUCCAGUGUAGUAGAUAAUAUAGACUUUCUUGAUUAUUGCUGUACCAAGCCUAACAGUUACAAAGUCUACACUGAUGGGUCUAAAUCUUCAUCUGCAGUGAAAUCGGGUUACUAUGAUCCUCAGGCUAAAACCUCAAAAUGUUUUAUGUUAAGUAAUACUUGCAGCAUAUUUACAGCUGAAGCUUAUGCUAUCUAUCAAGUUGUAUUGUACUUACAAAGUUUACAAAAUAAUGAUAACUAUGUGGAGUUCCUAAUAAUUUCAGAUGCAAAAAGUGUGUUAAUGGCUUUAGACAAAUGUCAUACUCAUUAUAGAAAUAAUUAUUUAUUGUAUAAAAUUAGAGAAACAUUGAUAUCUUUGGAUACUCCAGUAACAUUUAAAUGGGUGCCCUCUCAUAGGGGUAUCAAGGGAAAUGAUAUUGUAGAUGGUAUUGUCAAUUCUAAUUAUGAUGAGGAUCAUAGUAUUACAUGCAGAGUUCCUUUUACGGAUUUUCUUUUCGACUUAAAACAAAGAAGUCGCAAGUUAUGGGAAAGCUAUUGGAAAUUAUCCUCACAGCAUAAAGGUAGUUGGUAUGCAGAGAUCCAAAAGGAACUCCCAUGUAAACCUUGGUAUGAUAAAUACAAAGGAGCCAAUGAACGUAAAUUUAUAACCAUUAUUAAUCGUUUGAGGUUUGGCCACUGUCAGACUCCAAGCCAUUUAUUUCGUUUUAAAAUUAUAAAUAAUAACAGAUGUACAUACUGUGGAGGAAAUGAGGCCGACUUAUCCCACCUCAUCUUAAGUUGCCCGACCUUUAAAUUUCAACGAUUAAUACUAGUAACGGAUAUUAUGAAGUUGAUGGAUUUUGAUGAGAAUAAUCAGACUAAAGUUAAACUUGGACAUUCUUUAGCAAAUAACCCGACAAGAUCAGCUUUAGACUCAUCAGUCACUGCAAAUGGUAGUCAAUAGUCAUCAAUGUCAAUC